GUAAUGUACUUGCCGGAACUUAUCCCACUAGAAAGAGAGCUCUCCUGUCAUUUAAUCUACUAGAUUCGGUGGCUGCUCCCAUUCAACCCUUCAACCAUAGUUGAUGACAUCACCAUCUUGUACUUUCUCGAGUGUUCAUAACACGAAGUUCACCUCCUGUUCGAAAACGUACCUUUCUGUCGACCACCCUUUCCGAUUCCCAUGUCUAGGUCCACGCGUGCUGCGACUACCGCAGCGCGAAGAGUCACUCGAAAUGGCGUGGCAUCGCCCCUUAAACCCAAGGAGGAGGACCUUGAAAUACCUAUCAAAGAAGAGCAAGAAUCUCCACAGCGCAUCUCGAGGAAGCGAAUGUCGAUCCCAACCAGCGAGACCAAGAGCAGGAAGAAAGUCAAGAUAGAAGAUGAAUCCAAAUUGAUCAGCCCUCCUCCGACCGACGAUACCUCUUACACUGACCCUCCUCCCAAGCAAACGCCGUCGAAGAAGAGUCCUGGUAAAGACCUACAAGAGAAGAAGCUCAAAGCAUACGCGCAGUUCGCAAGUCAGUCUCCAUUUCCGGACUUCCAACAUCCAACACCAGAGGAAUGCAAAGUAGCACACCGCAUCCUCGCGUCGAUACACGGCCCGCGAGUCCGACCAAAGGAAGUGGUUGCUUCGACAACACGAGCGGGAUGUGGUGAUUCGCCAUCUGUGUUGGACGCACUUGUACGGACCAUAUUGUCGCAGAACACGAGCGACAAGAAUUCCACGCGAGCAAAACUGAGCAUGGACAAGGUCUACGGCGGAUCCGACAAGUGGGAUGCCAUUGUCGCCGGCGGACAAGCAAAGUUGCAAGAAGCCAUCAAAUGCGGUGGGCUGAGUGUGGUCAAGAGCAAAGUCAUAAUCAGCAUUUUGAAACAAGCACAUGAAAAGUACGGGGAAUACUCUCUGGACCAUCUACAUCAGGCGUCGAGUGAGGAUGCCAUGCGGGAGAUGUUGUCAUUUCAAGGUGUGGGUCCUAAGACGGCCAGUUGUGUGUUGCUGUUCUGUCUGCAGAGAGAAAGCUUUGCCGUUGACACUCAUGUCUGGCGUAUAACGGGGUUACUUGGCUGGCGGCCCAAGAAUGCCAGUCGGGAUGAGACGUAUGCCCAUUUGGAUGUGAUGAUUCCUGAUGAAGACAAGUACGGAUUGCAUAUCUUGCUUGUAACGCAUGGUAAGAAAUGUGAUGAGUGUAAAGCUGGAGGAAAGAACCUGGGCAAGUGUGAAUUGAGGAAAGCUUUCAGAAACGCAAAGGUCAAAGGCGAGGCUGGUGAGGAUGUGAAGGAGGAGGAAGUAGAAGAGAUCAAAAUGGAAGAAGACGAGGAGGAGAAGACGCCAGUAAAGAAGAGACAGAAGAAGUGAGAUGUUGCUGGAGUAGACUGUUGUAUCAGUACUUUGGGAAUCUGAUGACAUUUGUAUAUUAAAUAUAUUGAUGGCUACUGCGCGACACCUGGCUUAGGUGACUGUAAUUCUGCAACUACUUGGCCCG